CUCCUCCGCCCCCCACCCCAGGUGGCCCGGCUGCUGAAUGUGCCAGCUGUGCUGACUGAGCAGUACCCGCAGGGCCUGGGCCCCACGGUGCCCGAGCUGGGUGCUCAGGACCUGCAGCCCCACUCCAAGACCUGCCUCAGCAUGGUGCCUGUGGUGCAGCAGGAGCUGGACGCUCGGCCCCAGCUGCGCUCUGUGCUCCUCUGUGGGUUAGAGACACAAGCCUGCAUCUUGCAAACGGCCCUGGACCUCCUGGAUCGUGGGCUGCAGGUGCACGUGGUGGUGGACGCCUGUACCUCGCGGAGCCAGGUGGACCGGCUGGUGGCGCUGUCCCGGAUGCGCCAGAGCGGCGCCUUCCUCUCCACCAGCGAGGGGCUCAUUUUGCAGCUCGUGGGCGACGCCGCUCACCCUCAGUUCAAGGAGGUACUGCCCCCCCCCGACCUCCCCCUUCUCCCACGCAAACAGCAAAUGCCUUUCCAGCUCCCACGGUACAGCGGCAGAAUACAUCCGGGAACAUAGCGGCUGCCGCCCCCAGGGGAGACUGCAGGUCAACAGCAUACAUCCCAGAGCAGAGAGGCCGGCUGACCUAAGCGCUGUAGAGAGAAGGCAGGGGAGGGGCCGGGUGUGCCAGGACGGGCGCUGAGGGCGGCCCAGAGGCCUCCCAGAAGAGGGGGGUUUAGAGCGAGGUGGAGAUGGAAGGGAGCCACAGGGACCCUGGCCCUUCCCCAGCAUCCCUCCUCCUCCUCCAGUCUGUGACACUCAGGUCCAGCCUCCGCAGCCACCACUCACGUGGACUUCCCAGUGCCCAGAUCUGACUGGGUAGCCCACGGCUUCACACCUUGGCCCUUAGAGUAAUGGAAUAUGCCAAUAUCCCAGUCCUCUGAGGUCUGCCCCUUCUCCUCUUAGAUCAGGUCUGUUGAGCAUUUACUGAGCACCUACUGAGUGCCAGCCAGUGUGGCAGGUCCAGGGGCAAUCGCAGAAAAAGACAAUCUGUAUUCAGUUUCACAUGGUGGCCAGGAGCUGGGGAAGGAAUCUGUGGGGUGUGUGAGAUGAGAUGGGGGCCUGCCGCACAGAGGCCCCUCCUGGGGGUGGCCUUAAAGUGAAGACCUGAACUGGGGGCAGUCAGCAACCGGUCAUCCGAAAAGCAGUCUUGGCAGAGUGGACAGCUAGGUCAGAAGCCUGGACAUGGGACUAAACUUGACUUAUUCAAGGAACCACAGCAGGGCACGGCGAGCUCAGGGUGGAGGAGGGGCGGGAGGCAGGGAGGAGCCAGAGCAGAGCCUUCCUAAAGGUUUUGUCGGGGUUGCACCUGGGAGCUGGACACUGUCAGAUCUGUGUGCCGUGCUGGGCGGCUCAUGGACAUGAGAUAGGAAGGGGGGAAACGAGGGUGGAGGCAGCAGGAUUACAGACCUGGCUCACUUUUAUUUUGUAACUUCUGUAGGUUAGCAUGAGAGGACUUGGUGGUGGGUGCAAUGCGUGAAAAAGUAGCCCAGAGAGGCUCCAGGUUGAGCACGGCCGCUGAGGCUCUGCGCUGAUGGGGGAGGGGGUGGAAGGUCAAAUGACCACCAGCAUCUAAGAAGCAGUUGCAUAAGUGCCUCCAGAGUUGAGGCACAAGGCGUGGGCUGGACCUGAGAGUUGAGAGGGGAGAUUACUUAAGAAGCAGGAAGCCCCAGGACAGU